GUAGGGUACUAAAUAAUGCGAACACGAGCUCAUCUUUGCAUUCUGACUCUGUCAGCAGUCAUCAAUAUAAAUCUUUAAAUGCAAAGCCGUCAUUAGCAGGGUAGCUGGACAGCGCAUAAAUGACAUGCACGGUGAAACCAGCCUUCACCACACGAGGCUGGCAUGGAAGUCAAGGAAUGAGGGAAGUCAUUUUCUCUCUCACACAAACAGAGUCGCAUCACGGCAUCGGAAUCUCCGCCAGCUGCGCAGACUCACCAGCAACCCCCCCUCACUCCCCCCGCCUCUCUCUCCGUCACAUCAGGGUUUUCCGUCGAUCUGCGCGGAUUUGGCUUAUUUAUUUAAUUACUCGUUAUAUAAUACGCACUGACUUAAAACACACGCACUCACUCUCUGACCGUCCUCAACCUACUAACGGAACAGAUGCACUAGUCCUCUUAACAGACCCGAGGCAACAACGCUGACCUGAAUUUCCCCCAGACCUGUUUCCCAAACUGAGGCGGUCCACUCUGAGCAUACGGGCUAACAGAUACACAGGAAGACAGACAGCAGUGUCAGCAGCUACAUCUACAACAUCCCCCCACCCCUAAAUCGUCCUCUUCUUUAUCACGUCUGACAUGGCGGACCCCAGUCUCACAUCGCCCUCUGGGACCCCUCUGCGCUCCCCCAGCAGCUCUGUCACCCUGUCCUUCCCCUUCUUGAGCGAGAGGAGCCGGGUGUGGGAGGAAGGAAGGGAGCAGCCCCUGCCACGAGAACUGCCCAGCCCACUGCCGACCAAACGCACCCGCACAUACUCUGCCACUGUGCGCGCUCACUCAGGUCCAGUUUUUAAAGGAGUAUGUAAGAACUUCUCCAGGUCACAAGGUCACGGUUUCAUCCAGCCUUCCCACGGCGGUGAAGACAUCUUUGUUCACAUCUCAGACAUCGAGGGGGAAUACGUCCCAGUCGAGGGAGAUGAAGUCACAUACAAAGUAUGCCGGGUCCCGCCCAAAAACCUGAAGGUGCAGGCGGUGGAGGUGAAGAUCAUACAUCUCAAGCCAGGAACGAAACAUGAGACCUGGUCUGGGCAGAUCAUCAGCUCGUAGGGAGAGAGCUGUGGGCCUGGUGGGCUGCACUGGACUGGAUUUGGUGUGCGUUGAAAGCGGUGCUCUGGGACUGACACUUUUUUUUAAAGGUUUUCCUUUCACAGAAAACGUGCCCGGUGUUACAAAGAGUCCAUAAUGAAGUUGUUGUUGUGUCCACCCUACAGAGCUGACAUAUCCUGUUUAAAAGUGUCCACUGCUCUCAUGAAUUUUGUUUGGGAUUGUAAACUGACCUGUGAGAGCUUUGAAAGGAUGGGUCUGUAAAGGAUGAAAAAACAGAAAAAACAUCAUGCACCUCUGUUAUAUUGUUCUGAAAAUUGACAUAAGUGAGGAGUAAACUGAGGAGAGAAAGUUGAACAACAGGCUGGAUUCGGUUUUACUUCCCGUCAUAGCAGCUCACCAAAGUUUCAGGGAUCACAUGUCUGGCACUUAUCACAACAUACUCAUAUGUCCAACUUUGAACAGAUGAGUAGGAACUUUAUAUUCAAUGUGUUAAAAUAUUAAAAAAAAUAUUAAGAGUAUUAAGUCUGAAAAGAUCUGAAGUACUCUGUUUCUGAGACAAAGAAGUUAAAACUGGUUUAGUAUUAAAAACCCACAAAAACUAAAUCCUUACAAAUCUUACAAUAACUACUUCCAUAUUUGCACCCUUGACAGGACCUCCUUUUUGUUUCAGAUCACCAUUUUAAGACACACAACUGAGAGGGAAAUGUUCUUCUGUGUUAUUGUCAAUGUUAGAGUAAACUUUAAAAUGUUGUCUGUUGUGAUGGGA